ACAUAUUUCUGAGGCUGGAACAGCUGAGAGUUUGCACUCCAGCCCAGGGCUCAGAAUAAGAAGGAGCUGAACCUCUCUCUGCAUCCUCCCAAGUUCUGUUCUCUGUCCCGUUUCUCUGUCUGACUCCCCCCAAACCAAACACCAGCCAUGGACGCCAUCAAGAAGAAGAUGCAGAUGCUCAAGCUGGACAAGGAGAAUGCCUUGGACAGAGCAGAACAGGCUGAAGCCGACAAGAAGGGAGCAGAGGACAAGAGCAAACAGUUAGAAGAAGAGAUUAUUCAACUGGAAAAGCAGCUGCGGGAGACGGAGGACUUGAGAGAUAAGAUUUUGGAUGACCAUCAUCUAGCAGAAGAGAGCCUCCUAACUGCAGAGGAGAAGGCUGCUAAGCUGGAGGAUGAACUUGUAGCACUGCAGAAGAAACUAAAAGGUACUGAGGAUGAGCUGGACAAAUAUUCUGAAGCCCUCAAGGAUGCCCAAGAAAAGUUGGAACUUGCUGAGAAGAAGGCCACUGACGCUGAAGCAGAUGUAGCCUCAUUGAACAGGCGCAUCCAGCUGGUAGAGGAGGAGUUGGAUCGUGCUCAGGAGCGUUUGGCCACAGCUCUUCAGAAACUGGAGGAAGCUGAGAAGGCUGCAGAUGAGAGCGAGAGAGGCAUGAAGGUCAUUGAAAACAGAGCCCUGAAGGAUGAAGAGAAGAUGGAGCUGCAAGAGAUCCAGCUUAAGGAAGCCAAGCACAUUGCUGAGGAGGCUGAUCGCAAAUAUGAAGAGGUUGCCCGUAAGUUGGUGAUCAUUGAGGGUGACCUGGAACGUGCAGAGGAACGUGCUGAACUUUCAGAGAGCAAAUGUGCUGAGCUUGAGGAGGAGUUGAAAACUGUUACCAACAACCUGAAAUCUCUGGAGGCCCAGGCAGAAAAGUACUCCCAGAAGGAGGACAAAUAUGAGGAGGAAAUCAAGGUCCUUACAGACAAGCUGAAGGAAGCUGAGACACGUGCUGAGUUUGCAGAGAGGACAGUAGCCAAGUUGGAAAAGACCAUUGAUGACUUAGAAGAAAAAGUGACACAUGCAAAAGAAGAGAACUUAAAUAUGCAUCAAAUGUUGGACCAAACACUUCAGGAAUUAAACAACAUGUAAAAAGAUCUGCCGGUGUUUACCUGUGACAUCUGGUUUUCUGAAGACACUGCUUGACAAGUCCCGAUAAUGGCUGGGAUUGGAAUGGAUAUACGUUUAGUUUUUUGUUUUUUGUUUUUUCCCUUCUUCCCUCCUCUCCCUCCUUCCCUUUUU